UACAAGUGUUUAUCACUUAAUUCCUCUAUUGCGCCACCAGGUGGCCUACUUGCAUUAUUGCUGGAGAUUUUUUUUUUUUGCAGAGCAAACAAAUCCUUUGACCAAUCAGCUGCAAGAAAGUUAGAAAGUUGCAGGAAAUAUAUUGAUAGAGAGGAACUUCCUCCUUGUUGUAAGGAUCAGAUUUUCACUAUUCCCUCCAGCUUUUCAGAAAAGCAUCUCUCUGUAAUCCUAGCCAUGUCAUCCAUCAAGAUUGAAUGUGUUAUCACUGAGAGGUACAACAUUGGAGAAUCACCUGUCUGGGAUGAGAGGGAAGGCGUUUUAGUAUAUGUCGAUAUUACGGGACAGAAGGUCUGCCGCUGGAACCCUAGUACUAACAAAAUACAGAGUGUACCUCUAGAAGAACCAGUCGGCUCUGUUGCCUUACGAAAGUCUGGUGGCUAUGUAAUUGCCUCAGGCACUACAUUUGCAGCCCUGAACUGGGAAGACCAAUCAGUAACCCCUCUUGCUCGCGUCGAUGAAGAUAAGCCCAACAAUCGUUUCAAUGACGGAAAAGUGGAUCCAGAAGGAAGAUUCUUUGCAGGUACCAUGUCCCAGGAAAUACGGCCAGCAGUUGUGGAGAGAAACCAGGGUUCAUUAUUCACUUUGUAUGCAGAUCACUCUGUAGUGAAACACUUUGACAUGGUGGAUAUCUCCAAUGGUUUGGAUUGGUCUUUGGAUCAUAAAACCAUGUACUACAUUGAUAGCCUUUCAUAUGCAGUUGAUGCAUUAGAUUAUGAUGUGAAAACUGGAAAAACUUGCAACCGCCGCAAUGUCUACAAGUUACAGAAGGAUGAAGGAAUCCCUGAUGGCAUGUGUAUAGAUGCAGAAGGAAAACUUUGGGUUGCUUGCUAUAAUGGAGGAAGGGUGAUCCGUAUUGAUCCUGAGGCUGGGAAAGUGAUCCAGACUGUGAAACUACCAGUGGAUAAGACAACUUCUUGCGCCUUUGGAGGCAAGGAUUACACCGAAAUGUAUGUAACAUCAGCAUGUGAAGGUAUGGAUGAAGAAUGGAGUGCCCGGCAGCCCCAGUCUGGGGGAAUCUACAAGAUAACUGGACUUGGUGUAAAAGGAAUCCCGCCAAGUAAAUUUGCUGGUUAAAUAAUAAUUCUUGCCGAUUUCUCCUGAAAAACAAUUUGUGGUUCAGCACUGAAGUGAAACUAACCAAGAUCAUGAUUUACAGUUUGCACAUGUAAUGUCGCUACAUUGGUUAAUAAACAUUUUACAGCU